AAAAUUCAUCAUUAUGUGUCUGGGAUGAUAAGACUGAUUUAAUGUGUUAUUACCAGAUCAUUAAUAACGUACAAAUGAUAACAAGUCUAUAUGAACGCACUGAACAUGUGCCACAAACUUCAGUUCCUAUUUUACCGGCAAGUUAAGAUCGAGUUACGAUGACCUCAAACUCAAAGGAUGGCAUCACCAUACGCAUUAUGCUCAAGGAGGAUUUUGCAAAUGUAAAAGCCUUUAUGAAGAAGGAAUAUUUCGCCUCAGAGCCAUUGUGUCAAUCCAGCGGUGAAACAGACUGGCACCUGCAGAUGGGGAAGGACUACGUCAAAUUAAUCCCUUCGAUGAUCGCUCAGGGCACCUGUUUGGUGGCCCUGGACGAGAAGAACGGGGGACGACUUGUGGGAUUAGUCCUGGCCGAAGCCCGAUUCCCCAAGGACUUAGAAACGAAUCGCAUUAAGGCGGAUGCCAUGGAAAAUAACGUUUGUGGACGCACCUACGUGAUGCUUUCAAAAAUUGAACGUGAAGCCAAUCUCUUCGAGCGCUUUGGUAUCUCGAAAAUGCUCUACUCCGACACUACCAGUGUAGAUACUUCGAUGAGGGGCAAAGGACUCGGGUCCCGACUCGCCGCUACUUUGAUGGAUGUGGGCAGGUCUAAGGGAUUCCCUGCAAUGGUGGCAUACUGCACCAGUUACUAUUCCGCUCGCCAGAAAGCGGCCCUGGGGAUGCAGUGCAUCCACUCCAUCGUCUACGCCGACUACAAGGACGAUCAAGGACGACCUAUAUUCACUCCCGCAGAGCCACAUACAAUGCUUCGAUUAAUGGCCAUUAAACUGUGAGAGACGCCUGUUCAUAAAGUAUGUAGUGAUUUAAGUUUACCUAUAUUCAUUAUGUUUUAUAUUGUUGUUCAAAAAUAAAUUUAAAUUUCUAUGUUAUA